UUCAGCAAAGCAGAUCAGAUCACAGCAGACGUUUAUACUGCUAUGACAUCAACAAGUUGAAGGCAGCAGAGAACCAGCAAAUUCAGAAGAUUUAAGGCAAUAGAAUGCUGAUGAACCACACAAACCAAACAGAGGAAGACCUCUUCUCCUGCUACAGUCCAUCGGUCGUAGGUUACCGAUACUUUGCUGUGCUGUGGGGAUGUGCUGUGACCAUCAUCGGUACGUUAGGGAACCUGAUGACCAUUCUAGCCUUCACCUUAGACCCACGUCUGAGGACUCGCUUUAAUGCACUCAUCAUCAACCUGGCUGUAGCUGACCUCCUAUACUGCACCAUACUGCAGCCUAUGUCAGUUGACUCGUAUUUACACCUCAGGUGGCGCAGUGGUCAGCUCUGGUGCAGCAUCUUUGGACUGCUCCUUUUCCUCUCCAACUCUGUGUCCAUCAUCACCCUUUGCUUGGUAGCAUUGAGCAGAUAUCUCCUGGUUGCAAAAAGGGCCAUGUUUGACCGUAUCUUCUCCAACCAUGGUCUUAUUUUACUCCUGAUGUCAGUGUGGGCACUAGGUCUUGCCAGCUUUGGCCCACUCUGGCAUGUUUACGUGUUUGUGCCACAAGUGUGCACAUGCAGCUUCCAUCGGACCAGGGGUCGACCCUACACCACCAUCCUGCUUUUUGUCUACUUCUUUGUUGGUUUGGGCUGUGUUGGCGUAUUCUACCUCCUCAUUUACAGACAUGUCAUGAUUGCAUCGCAAGCUCUGGUCCGCUACAGAUUCAGCCGAAGGUCAUCUAGAAGGAAAGCAGCUCCUUCAUCACAGGGGACUGAUGACAGUGAUGUAGAGACUGGUAUUGUCAACACAUCUAGCUGUGAACUGAGCAACCAAGAAGAACAAACCCAAAAUAAGGAUGACAACGUUAAUAAGAGCUCUUCCAAGGCCCCAGUUUCAUCAGCAGCCAAAAGGUCUUCCUCUCACAUUGUCCCUGCCACAAAAACCCUAACAACUCAAGCAUCUUCUUACAACUCAGCAUCUUCAGGAGAUGAUCGCGAAUUUAAAUAUGUGACACGAAUGUGCUUUACUGUUUUUCUGUGUUUUGCAUUCUGCUUUGUCCCUUUUCUUUUGCUAAACAUAGCAGACAAACAUAACAGUGCACCCAAGGUAUUGCACAUGCUCAGUGCAAACCUUACGUGGCUCAACAGCUGUAUUAACCCGGUACUCUAUGCUGUCAUGAACCGACAGUUUCGACAGGCCUAUCACAUGCUUUUCACUAAAGCUAUUGCACCAUGCACCUGUCUCUUGCGCUGGAGAUGGCAUCUGCAAUCCUGAUUUUUCUGCAAGUUAUGUUGGUCUUACACCUACCAAGUUUUCAAGCAAUUGAAAGACUAGAAAGGCAUUCAGGAAGGUACAAGGCAUUUUUAGAUUGUAGCAUUCUUGUAGAGAGAUGUAAAUAUUGGGGUAACUUUUAAAAAUGUAUAUUUUAGCAAAAAAUACUUUUCAAGUACGUUUAAGCUAUUGAAUUCAAAUUUUCCUCCAUUACAAAACCAAAUCUGAUAUAAUAAUAAAUCCAGGUUGGCAUAUUAUCACUCAAAAUCCAACUCUAAAAUUCAUCCCAAAAUAAACGAGAUAUUUAUUUUAAAAUAUUGUAAUCUCAUAUUGCCAACUCGUGCAUGAUGGUAAAUAACCUCAAAAGGAAGUUUAAGUCUGCAGUUAGCGACUCUAUUAAAAGACUCCAGGCCAGCUGAUCGCACGUUCCACUGGCCCUUUGUGGCAUUAAAAAAAAUAUAUAUAUAUGAAUCUGAUGUAUGAUACAUUUGUAGGUAGUGGUGCAGGUUAUCAAUUUGUCUUGUUGAAUAGUAGUAAACUUGAUAAUUACAAAUAAAAAAUGUUUUAAAGCUUUCUGACAUGUCAUCAUGUAUUUCACUUUAAAACUAAAGGUACAUAUUUGAAGAAUAUUAAUAUCAGAAAUAGUCACACUGUCACACUUCAAAAAAAGUGAGGAUAGCAUCACAGGACUUGGAGAAAGUUGCCUUACUGAAUGAUGACUCAUUCAGUAAGUGAGAUAAUUAAAUAUUAGGCUAUAAUAUAACGUAAGAAUACGAGAACAAUGGGGGGAAAAAAAGCAAUAAUUCCAAGAGUUUUUUAAUUUUACUGCAGACAAAACAAAUGUGAUCUUUUAGUUUCCCAUCAUUUAAGAUCCCUAGAAAUCAGAAGAUCAGAUCUAUUCUUAAAUUACGUUUUUUUUAUACAACUGUAACACAACCUCCCAUUUUGUUUCCUAACAACAUUAGAGUUGUACAAUGACAGUUCAAAUCCUUAGUUUCUUUAGCAUUUAUGUUAAAGCAACUACUAAAAAGUCAUUGAAGAGUGAUAUGUAAUGCACAAGCUGGUCGGACUUUUUUGUUAGGCUGCUUAAGACAGACUAAAACUUACACAUAUAGUAAUAAUAGCUGGUGCAACAGACCACAGGACAUUUAAGUCCAAAUUAUGCCUAAUUCUGAGAAGUCCAAAUUUUAACUUAAAACUAGACAUGAUUUAAAUUUUAAAACUGUAAAAAGGUAUGACCCCGAAUCCUAGGUCUACCCCACUUCUUUCACAAUAGAGGAAACAACAACAAAUUAUCACAGGAUGUUCCAGUCCUGCACAACUCCCCACGCCCACAAAAAUAAAA